GCGCAGAAUUCCAGGCGUUUCGCCAUGAAGCGCCCGUGAAUUACGGUACUUUGCGCUGAACUUGCAUAUCGACUCGAGCGGUUGAAGACACUCCGGCUCACGAGGAAGCGCUCUAACUUCUCCUUCUGACGGUGACGUAAUCCUUCGGCGCGCGCGCCCUCCCUUACCCUUGCUUGGUGAGCGGCGGGUCGCGCGCGCGCGCGCGCGACUGCUUCGCGCUCGAGCAGCUGUUAACGCUGUGAGUGAAGGCGGACGGCCUCGUGGUGUGGCUCGCGCGGGCUUUCCGUGUCGGGGACACGCGACAGCAGAGCACUCAGCAUUUGCUUGGCUAUAACCUCCUCUCCUGAAUUGGCAGCAAUGGCCCGUGGACAGCAAAAAAUCCAGUCCCAGCAGAAGAAUGCCAAGAAGCAGGCUGAGGCCAAGAAGUCCAAGGGGCAUGACCAGAAGACUGCAGCCAAAGCUGCUCUGGUUUACACCUGCUCCGUUUGCAAAUCCCAGAUGCCUGACCCAAAAACAUUCAAGCAGCACUUUGAGAGCAAGCACCCAAAGUCACCAAUGCCCCCUGAGCUGGUGGAUGUGCAGGCAUGAAAGAUUUAAUCUGGAUCCUCAUCAGGAGGAAGACUAAGCUCCCUUCUGCUGAAAUACUUGGCAAGCAUCAUGUCAACUUUGAUAAUGGUCCCAGUAUGGAUGAGGCAAUGACUGACAUGGCAAAAUGAUCAAACUGCUUGCAUAAAUUAGAUUAAUGGUCCCUUUCUGUCAAUUUUUUGAGAUGUUUGUAGAGUGCAGAAAUUGGGAUAUCUAAAUAUCCCAUCAGUCUACACUUUCCCUGGCCUCAUAGGGCUUACAUUGAAUGUGGGGGAAAUGUGUGCAAGCAGAUGUGGGGUUGGUUUAAUUUGGAAGUUUCUGCAUAAUUUAGAAACAUAAGACAAACUGCUGCCAGAUAAAUUUAAUAUACAUAUACACAAGUGAUUCUGUGUCUGACCAGUAUAGUUAGUUUUCUUAAUUAUAACAGGUAACUGAUUUAUGAACAUCUCUGUAUAAAUUCAUUUUGUACAAUAUUAAUAAAUCAUGCAAUGAUUUUA